CCCUUCCGUCACACGCCACGCCCCUUCCGGUCUCCGCCCGUGCGGCACCAUAGAGUUGGCCCGUUCUCCCGUCACAGAGCGGCCCGAGUGAAGGGUAGAGCGGCCGCGGGGGAAACAUGGCGGCGGUCGCGCUGCGCUCCCUGCCUGGGCGGGCGCUGUGCUGGCGUCUUUUCGGGGGGGUGUCCCCGCAGCGCGGCUACCGCGGGACAUCCCCCGGGGACUCGGGGAAGGACGUACUGGAGAUCCCGCUGCCCCCCUGGCAGGAACGGCCCCACGAGCCGCUGGAGACCAAGCGCGCGCGGCUGCUGUACGAGAGCCGCAAGAGAGGGAUGCUGGAGAACUGCAUCCUGCUCAGCCUCUUCGCCAAGGAGAACCUGAACCGCAUGAGCGAGCAGCAGCUCAACCGCUACGACCGGCUCAUCAACGAGCCCAGUAACGACUGGGACAUUUAUUACUGGGCCACAGAAGCCAAGCCCACACCGGCCGAGUUCGAGACGGACGUGAUGGCCAUGCUGAGGGACUUCGCCAGGAACGAGAAGAGGGAGCAGCGGCUGCGGCAGCCGGACCUAGAGUAUCUCUUUGAGCCGCCCCGCUGAUUCUGGGGGUCUCCUGCUCCCCCCGUCCCCUGGUACAGAGGAGGGACAGAAACACAGACGCUGCCACCCUCCCAGUGACUCUCCUCCCUCGGACUCAGGACACGGCGAAUAAAGCCGUGGCUGCUGCUC